CAGCCAGCCCACCAUGUACUCUUCAUCGGCUGCUAAAAGUAGUCAGGACGACGGGUGGAGCGGCUUCUCGUCUCCCCCGCCGUCGUCCGCCACCACGGCGGACGCCGACAAGCUGCUCCACUCCGGCCACCACUCCCACUCGCAGAACACGUCCACGGUAGACGCCUCGGCCCCGCCCACCUUCGAGGAGAGGGACCAGGUGCAGUGGUCCUCCGGGCUCUGCGACUGCCUCUCCGACCGCAGGAACUGUUGCAUCACUUGCUGGUGUCCCUGCAUCACCUUCGGCCAGAUUGCGGAGAUCGUGGACAAGGGGUCGUCAUCUUGCGGCGUGAACGGGGCGCUGUACACGCUGAUAUCCUGCACGGUGGGGUGGUGCUGCUGCUACUCCUGCUUCUACCGGGCCAAGAUGAGGCAGCAGUACGCGCUCAAGAAGAGCCCCUGCGGCGAUUGCUGCGUCCACUUCUGGUGCGAGUGCUGCGCUCUCUGUCAGGAGUACCGCGAGCUCAAGAUCAAUGGCUUCAACAUGAAGAUCGGAUGGCAUGGGAACGUGGAAAGACGGAGUCGCGGGAUCUUGAUGUCUCAGAUGGCGCCGUCAACGGCGCCGCCGGUCGAAUCAAGCAUGACCCGGUAGGCGGUGGUUUGCAAACUAUAUAUAUAGAGUUAAGUGUUGUCCCGUACCUGUAUCUAAUGAACUGGGUAUGUGUCAUGUAUUAAGACAGGCGAAUGAUCUUUUCGCA